AUGCGCCAAUCGUCCAUCGACGCCAGCGCCGACGAGGCUCUGGCCCGUAUGGGCUACAAGAGCGAAUUGCCGCGUAAUCUCUCUAUGCUGAGUAUUCUCGGACUCUCCUUCGCAAUUAUGGCCGCGCCCUUCGGCCUCAGCACAACUCUCUACAUCACGCUCACAGACGGGCAAUCCGUCUCUAUUAUAUGGGGCUGGGUCUUCGUGACCCUGAUCAGCAUCGCUAUCGCCGCCUCCCUCGCUGAGAUCUGCGCCGUGUAUCCCACCGCGGGAGGUGUAUACUACUGGAGUGCAAUGUUGUCGACGAAAGAGUGGGCACCGAUGAUGUCGUUUAUAGACGGCUGGCUGACAUUGGUCGGCAACUGGACUGUUACGCUUUCUAUCACGUUUAGCGGAGGGCAGCUGAUAUUGAGUGCGAUUUCGCUGUGGAAUGAGGAUUUCGUUGCCACUACCUGGCAGACGAUAUUGAUGUUUUGGGCGGUGAUUGGGGUUUGUGCGCUGGUCAAUGUUUUCGGCGCGAGGUGGUUGGACCUCAUCAAUAAAGUUUGUAUCUUUUGGACUGGAGGCAGUGUGAUUGCCAUCCUGGUUGUGCUGUUGAGUAUGGCCGAUGAUAGAAGGAACGGGAAGUUUGUGUUUGGGCAUUUCGAUGCGAGUGAGAGUGGGUGGCCGUCUGGCUGGGCGUUCUUCGUUGGAUUGCAGCAAGCUGCUUAUACGCUCACUGGGUAUGGAAUGGUAGCGGCUAUGUGCGAAGAGGUACAGAACCCGCAUCGUGAGGUCCCGAAGGCAAUCGUUCUGUCUGUCGUUGCAGCUGGGAUAACUGGUCUGGUAUACUUGAUUCCGAUCUUGUUCGUGCUGCCGGAUAUCAAGACGCUGCUAAAUGUCGCGAGUGGGCAGCCAAUUGGGUUGGUCUUCAAGACCGCUACGGGCUCAGCAGGAGGAGGGUUCGGCUUGCUAUUUCUGAUCCUGGGAAUCCUGAUGUUCGCAGGUAUCGGUUCCUUGACAGCCGCCAGUCGAUGCACCUACGCCUUUGCGCGCGACGGCGCCAUCCCCGGCUUUCGGCUCUGGAGAAGAGUCAACAAGAGACUCGACGUUCCCGUGUGGGCAAUCAUCCUGUCCACGACAGUCAUAUGCCUGCUCGGCCUUAUAUAUUUUGGCUCAAGCGCGGCAUUCAAUGCUUUCACGGGCGUCACCACGAUCUGCCUAUCCAGUUCAUAUGCCCUGCCCAUUCUCAUCUCCGUCCUCCGUGGUCGUCAAGCCGUUAAGCAUUCCAGCUUUUCGCUUGGUCGGUUCGGCUAUGCCAUCAACGUUGCUACUGUUGUGUGGAUUUGUCUGGCUGUGGUAAUCUGCUGUAUGCCGGUUUCGCUGCCUGUGGAUGCGAGCUCGAUGAACUAUGCCAGCGUGGUGUUCGCGGGAUUCGCGGCGAUUAGUGUGACCUGGUACUUUGCCUAUGCACGGAAGCAUUUCACGGGCCCACCAAUUCCGGUGGAUCAGCUUCAGGAUACGCCUGGGGUUGUGCCGGGGAAGGCUGUUGUUGACCCGGAGAAAGCUGGGUCGGGUUCGGGGUCCCUUGAGAAGGAGCAGCCGGCUCCAUGA